UACAAGAAACAGGGGGAAGCACUGUUCACACGGAGCCCAAUCUGGGCCAAGCUAACGUGCAACUUCACUCAUAUUUUCUAUUUCGGCACUUAGGCUGCACGACUAGACCACGUAUCGGACGAACAGAUCAGCGUUAACUUUAAGCGAGUAAUUCGUUCGUGUUUGUUCGUUGACUUCCCUGGACCGAUCUGUAAGCGCAACAGCGAGGCUCUCAAUAGGCGGAUAGGAUCGAGCGAGGAGAAGGGGGAUUCAACGCUCAAGCAGCACUAAGGAGGCUGCGAGUGGGACUCGGCGCUGGAUGAGCACGGCCUCGCACUCCCCAGCGGCCUGCCAUGGGGGAGACCAAAAUUAUCUACCACCUCGAUGAUCAGGAGACUCCCUACCUGGUCAAACUGCCCAUUCCAUCGGAUAGGGUCACUCUUGCGGACUUCAAAAAUGUCCUCAAUAAACCCAACUACAAAUUUUUCUUCAAGUCUAUGGAUGAUGACUUCGGGGUCGUGAAGGAGGAGAUUUCAGAUGACAACGCCAAACUGCCAUGUUUUAACGGCCGCGUGGUAUCAUGGCUGGUGUCUGCAGACGGUUCCCACUCAGAUGGAGGCUCAGUGUGUGCAGACAGUCAAGCCGAGCUGCCGCCCCCCCUGGAGAGGACAGGGGGCAUCGGAGACUCCAGACCACCCUCCUUCCAUGCGAACGCUGCAGGCAGCCAGGACAACCUCGACAACGACACGGAGACAGAUUCCGCAGCGCCUCCGCGGCGAGAGAGAGACCGCGGCGAGCGGGAGAGAGACAGAGAGAGGGAGAGACCGCGGAGGAAAGACACGCACGACCACGGCGGGAGGCUGAAUGGCCACUCUCGUCCGGAGCGCCGACCGGAGCUGGCCGGCUACGACAGCUCCUCGACCCUCAUGAGCAGCGAGCUGGACACCACCAGCUUCUUCGACUCGGAGGAAGACGACUCCGCCAGCAGGUUCAGUAGCUCGACAGAGCAGAGCACAUCCUCAAGACUGAUGAGACGACAUCGCCGUCGCCGACGGAAACCAAAGGCACCACGAAUGGAGAGGUCAUCAUCGUUCAGCAGUAUCACAGACUCCACCAUGUCACUGAACAUCAUCACUGUCACGUUAAACAUGGAGAAGUACAACUUCCUGGGCAUCAGUAUUGUGGGCCAGAGCAACGAGAGGGGGGAUGGAGGCAUCUACAUCGGCUCCAUCAUGAAGGGUGGAGCAGUGGCAGCCGACGGGAGGAUAGAGCCUGGUGAUAUGCUGCUCCAGGUGAAUGACAUUAACUUUGAGAACAUGAGCAAUGACGAUGCAGUGAGGGUGCUGCGGGAGAUAGUGCACAAACCAGGUCCUAUAAUUCUAACUGUAGCCAAAUGCUGGGAUCCCAAUCCUCGAGGCUGCUUCACCCUGCCCAGAGGUGAGCCGAUCCGUCCCAUAGACCCGGCUGCGUGGGUGUCCCACACGGCGGCACUGACGGGGGCGUAUCCGGUGUACGGUAUGAGCCCUUCCAUGAGCACAAUCACCUCCACAAGCUCCUCCAUCACCAGCUCCAUUCCAGAGACCGAGCGGUUCGACGACUUCCACCUGUCCAUUCAUAGCGACAUGGGGAUGGUUGCCAAGGCAAUGGCGUCCCCUGAGUCGGGUCUGGAGGUGCGGGACAGGAUGUGGUUGAAGAUCACCAUCCCCAACGCCUUCAUAGGUUCGGACGUGGUCGACUGGUUAUAUCAUCACAUCGAGGGCUUCACGGAUCGCCGAGAGGCACGGAAGUACGCCAGCAACCUCCUGAAGGCCGGCUACAUCCGCCACACAGUCAACAAGAUCACCUUCUCUGAGCAGUGCUACUACAUCUUCGGCGACUUGUGUGGCAACAUGGCCAACCUCUCCUUGCACGACCACGAUGGCUCUAGCGGAGCGUCCGAUCAGGAUACCCUUGCCCCUCUGCCCCAUCCAGGAGCGGCCCCGUGGCCCCUUGCGUUCCCCUACCAGUACCCCGUCCCUCACCCCUACAAUCCCCACCCCGUGCACGAGCCGCCCAGCAACCUCACCGGCGGCGCUGGCAGUGCAGGCAGCCAGCACAGCGAAGGGAGUCGCAGUAGUGGCUCAAACCGCAGUGCCGGUAAGAAGGAAGCUGCAGCAGGAGGAGGCAGCGUCGGUGGUGGUGGUGGUGGUGGUGUCGGCAGCGGCGGCGGCGGAGGGGACUCCAAGUCAGCAGGGAGUGGCAGUGAGACGGAGCUGCGGCGAGAGAAAGCCCCCAGUGAACGCUCGUCGGCGCCCCCCAGUGAGCGCAGUGUGCACAGCACCCACAGCCUGCGCAGCACACACUCGGCGGUGGCCUACGGGCCGCCUGGGCUGCCCCCGCAGCCACAGACUCCCAUCCCCGUCCCCAUGGCACCGCCCGGCUCCCCCCCGGGCCGCGACCUGGCCUCGGUGCCCCCCGAACUCACAGGCUCGCGCCAGUCCUUCCGCAUGGCCAUGGGAAACCCCAGCGAGUUCUUCGUGGACGUCAUGUGACCUAUGGGCGGCGGCGGCGGCAGCGACAAGUGAAACCCUAAAGGCUGAAUCUCGCACAUUCAGGCAUUCAGGACACUGUCACCCACCCUCUCCCCCAAGGAAAGUAGAGAUGAAGGACAACGGGGGAGGGAUUUAGAGGGACAGAGAGUGAUUGUGUUGUAUGUGUGUAGUAGUCUCUCUGUGUGUGUGUGCGUGUGUGCGUGUGUGUGUGUGUGUGUGUGUGUGUGUGUGUGUGUGUGUGUGUGUGUGUGUGUGUGUGUGUGUGUUUGUGUGUGUGCGUGUGUGUGUGUGUGCGUGUGUGUGUGUGUGUCUGCCUGCCUGCCUGCCUGCCUGCCUGCUUGUCUGUCUGUCUGUCUGUCUGUCUGUGAGAGAAAGAGACAUAGUGAUUGUGUGUCCUGUGUUGUCGCUCUCUCCUGCCUGUCCCUCCUGUCGAGUGUCUCAUACUUUCUUCAGUGAAGAAGAUGCAGUGCUCUUUCUUGCCUUCCCUCAAAAAGAAAAAAACUCUUUUUUUAAAUCCCUGUUCCCUUCUGCUUUGGUUAAAGGAGUGGUUGCAGUUGAAUGUGAGUGGCUGGGGCUGAAUGAGAGGUAAAAGGACCCCCCCCCCCCCUCCUCACCCCUAACCCUCUGUUUCCUUUGUGUUUCUUUUCCUGUCCUCCUGUUGCUCUCCCCAUGAGCGGUUGUCUCAUCUGUCGUUUUGUCACAUGGAAAUGCUGAAGUCGAUAGAGUGGUAUAGAGUGGGAGGCUUGAAGGAAAGAACAGGAAAGAACAAGAACAGAAAUGGUCCCUCCAUUUCUGAACGUGUCCAAACGAAGCUCUGGAUCUCUGUCAGACGUCUGGAAAGAGAAGACACUAACAUGAAGAACGCUGAAGAUGUGUUUUAUAUCUGCCUCUCUUGUUUUGCUUCUUUUUUUGUUGUUUUGUUUUGGAAUUCAAACAACGCAAGGACACAGACAUUAUUCAGAAAUCAUAUCAAAGGAUCCUCAGUAUGCAAUUCUUAUCUGCCUUGUAACAGACAGCAAUGUACACAAUGAAGUAUAGGCCUAGUGUCAUCUUGUUAGAUGCAAGGGUAUUGAAGGUACUUAAUAAGGCUUAACAUGUCUUGUGCUCUUAAAAUGCAGACCGUCUCCAAAAUCCAAAUCGUCUGCUUUAGUUCCCAUGGUAACGGGAGCUGUGAUGUCAUGUCUGGGGAAGUUACCAGCCAAUCAGAAAACUGGAAGGGGAACUCUACUAAAGAGGCACCUCACAUUAGCCUAGAGAUGCAACUGCACAAUCCCAGUGACUGGCUGUUACCUCCAGUUAUGUGAUUGCAUGGCUGACACCAUCUCUCUCUCCUCUCCUCCCAGAGCACUUCAGAUGAAAGAUAUAAUUUAUCGUGUUGCAUUAACAUCUACAUUUUGUAUGCUAUACAGCCUAACAUCUCAUUCUCCUUCUGUAAGCCCUCCCUUUUCCUUUGAAAUACAUUUAUCACAAGUUUUCAAUUUAUUAGAAACUGAUAAUGUAUAGUGACAAAUGGUUCAAUUUAAUACUCACUGUACACUGUUUUAUGAGAACAACAAACAAGAAAUUGUUUUUAUUUAUAAACAUAGU